AUGACCAUGUCACGAUACGGCGGGAUGCUGAUCUUCGACUACCACGGUGUAGCCUUGGUCCCUGCUCGAGACUGUGGCAGAAUCACUCAGGCUAAAUUUCGUUCCCUUGCAGAACUCACCAAGAACCACUUCAGCGAGGCCAUUCCCGAGUUCGCAACCAUGCCACCGACGUGCAAACUAGGAGGCUAUGUCCACAUAUGGGCAAGCCGAGGCUCUACCAACGAGCCCUCCGCGACCCCUAGCACCAUGACCGAUAACGACGAGGACCUCGGUGACUGCAUAGCCGUCAUAUACUUCAAACUCAGGAACGCCAACGACCCGACCGUUAAACGCAUACAGACAUGGAAUGGCACGCACAUGGAGGUUCAGUACAGCAGCGUGGACGUGCCAGUCGACCACAGCGACCCAGUACAGAUACUGCUCCAUGGAGAUCAGGUCACGAACGUCAAGACCAUCGUCCUCUUCGGCUUCACUUUCCAGUCAUUUUCAGAUGAAAUGGGGAAAUGCGGCAACGUCAUCGACCAGCACUGCGUACUCCGUGUCGAACAUCACCGCAGCGAGACCCGCUGCGACUCCAUGGACGUGAAGGGUUAUGAAGGCUGGGAGGGCUUUCUUCUCUACAUCAAGAACCUCCUUCUGGCGGUGGGCAACGACCGUAUUGCGCCUCUGAUUGUGAGACGGCGUCUUGGCACAAGCUGGGUUUCACAAACGGGGAUGCUAGGGCGACCCGUGGAGCCACAAGAUAUUGUCGGCUGA